CGACUAUAUUGGAAUGCUGUGCACUUAAGUCCCGUUUGUUACACACCUGACAAGUGACAACCCACUUCAAAUAGUCGCCUCCGGCGAACAGGUUUCUUUGAUUCUCUCGCCGUCGUUCGGGAAAAUUAUUUCUUGCUUGGCGGGCGGGCGGGCUUUUCAUUGGGCUAAUAUGAACUCCAAAGGAAGAAGGUGAGAAGCCCAUCAAUCCGAUUGGGCUUUCUGCCCCCCAAUUACCCAAUCUAUAUUCGUCCGCCGUCUUGCACUGAACCACCGGCGCCACAUUUCUGCCUUCCGCCAGGCUCCCGGGGAAAAUGAAGCUAUGGCGUCCCCGACGAAGAACCAUUACGAAUCCGAGCUUUAUCUCAACCAGCAACUUCUGCUCCUGCAAUCCCUGCAGACCUGAUAACGACGAAAAAGAUAGAGAUGCCGACUUCGUCGGGGUUCUCGAAACGAUCGUACGAGGAAAGCAAAGCUGGAGAGCAGCUUUCAGCAAUCCCUCUCUCUGUGCUACACUGAGGAGUCGCCAUGUAGAGCAAGUGUUAGUUCGAACAGUUGACGACUCCAGGUUAGGUUUGCGGUUCUUCAAUUUCCUAGGCUUGCACAGGAAUUUCGACCAUUCAGCGCUGUCCUUCUGCAUUCUAAUUCAUUCGCUGGCAAAUGCUAAUCUUCAUUGGCCCGCUUCUUCACUUCUGCAAACGUUGCUGCUUCGCGGGUUGGAGCCAAGGCAGGUUUUUGAGGCUCUCUUGGACUCGUCCCGCUUGUGCAGAUUUAGCUCUGGUUUGGGUUUCGAUCUGUUGAUCCAGAAUUAUGUGGCCAACAAGAGAAUGGCUGAUGCUGCUUUGGUUUUUAGAUUGGUGAAAGGCUGCGGCUUAUUCCCAGAGGUUAGGACUUUGGGUGUGCUCCUGAAUGGGUUCGUGAAAGUUAGGCAAUUUGAUACGGUUCUGUGUUUGUAUGAUGAGGUUGUGAAUGCUGGAAUUAUACCUGAUGUUUACAUCAACACAGCAGUUAUUAGAAGCUUGUGUGAACUGAAGGAGUUCGUCAGAGCAAAGGAGAUGAUUCAAUGGAUGGAAAGGGGGAGAUUUGAGGUAGGUAUAGUGGGUUAUAAUAUGCUCAUUCAUGGGUUUUGCAAGAGCCAGAGAGUUUGGGAGGCUGUUGAAAUUAAGAACAGCUUGGCUCAAAAAAAUCUAAGAGCUGACGUGGUUACUUAUUGCACUUUAGUUCUUGGGUUGUGCAAAGUUCAAGCAUUUGAUGUUGGCUUAAUGAUAAUGAAUGAAAUGAUUGAGUUCGGGUUUGUUCCAAGUGAAGCUUCAGUUUCAAGUCUUGUUGAGGGUCUGAGGAAGACCGGGAGGAUUAUGGAUGCUUAUGAUCUGGUAAAUAAGGUUGAGGAAGCUGGGGCAGCCCCUAGUUUGUUUGUGUACAACGCAUUGAUCAAUUCCUUUUGUAAAGACGGGAAAGUCAAUGAAGCUGAGUUUCUUUUUGAAGCCAUGAGAAGGAAGGGUUUAUGUCCAAAUGACGUAACUUAUUCUAUUUUGAUUGAUUCAUAUUGCCGACGGGGGAAGCUAGAUUCUGCAAUUCAAUCUCUUAACAGAAUGAUUGAGGCAGGGAUAAAAGUCACAGUCUAUCCAUACAAUUCUCUAAUCAAUGGUCAUUGCAAGAUUGGCAACUUGAAUGCAGCAUGGUCUUUCUUCGAUGAGAUGGUUAACAUAGGUUUGGUUCCCACUGUUGUAACUUACACUUCACUGAUAAGUGGACUCUGCAACAAUGCAGACGUACACAAAGCACUUAAAUUGUACCAUGAGAUGACCGGGAAGGGGAUUGCUCCAAAUAUUUAUACGUUCACUGCACUCAUACACGGCUUUUGUCAAGCAAAUAUGAUGAAUGAAGCUAUCUGUAUGUUCAAAGAUAUGGUGAAUUGGGAUGUUAUGCCAAAUGAGGUCACUUACAAUGUCCUGAUAGAAAGACACUGCAAAGACGGUAACACAACCGAGGCUUUUGUUUUAUUUGAUGAAAUGUUGAAUAAGGGUCUUGUUCCAGAUACAUUUACCUAUAGGCCUCUAAUUGGUGGCCUUUGUUCUACUGGUAGAGUUUCUGAAGCUAAGGAGUUUAUUGACAGCCUUCAUAGAGAGCAUCACAAGUUAAACGAGCUAUGUUAUAGUGCACUACUUCAAGGCUAUUGCAAGGAAGGAAGAAUAAUCGAUGCUCUAAUUUCUGCUCGCGAGAUGGUAGAUCGAGGCAUUGACAUGGAUCUAGUCUGUUACUCUGUGCUUGUAGAUGGAACCAUGAGGAAGCAUGAUACAAAAAAGUUGUUGGGUCUUUUAAAUGAUAUGCGGAAUCAGGGAUUGAAGCCAGACAAUGUAAUGUAUACAAGCAUGAUUGAUGGCCAUGGGAAAAUAGGGAAUCUUAAGGAAGCAUUAGGACUUUGGGAUAUAAUGAUCAAUGAAGGAUGCAUUCCAAGUACAAUAACUUACACUGCCCUCAUAAAUGGUUUGUGCAAGGCAGGAUUGAUGGAUAAGGCUAUGCUUCUUUUCAAGGAAAUGUUGGCUGGCAGUUCUCUUCCAAAUCGUGUGACAUAUACCUGUUUUCUGGAUCAUCUAGCCAGGGAUGGAAACAUUGAGGAAGCUAGAGAACUUCACAACAUCAUGAUGAAAGAUUUUCUAGCCAACACCGUUUCAUGCAAUAUUCUUAUCCGAGGCUUGUGUAGAUCAGGUAAGAUGGAAGAGGCUAUGGAACUUAUAGAUGGAAUGACUGAGGCUGGUAUCUUCCCUGAUUGCAUUACCUACUCUACGAUAAUAUACGAGUACUGCAGAAGAGGAAAAUUGAAGGAAGCCUUAGAUUUGUGGGGGAGUAUGUUAAGUAAGGGCGUGAAGCCUGAUAACCUAGCGUACAAUUUUUUGAUAUACGGUUGCUGUAUUGUUGGGGAAGUGGGAAAGGCAUUGGAAUUACAAGAUGACAUGAUGAAGAAGGGAAUGAGGCUGAAAUUAAGUACUCAUAGUGCUCUGAAUCAUGCAAAUCGUCAUUUGAAAUUGACAGGAUAGGUUUGGUUGUAUCAAAAGUUUUGACUUCUAUUGUGACAUGAGGACUGUGUAGUUUCCCAGCCCUGCUUCCGGUAAGUACCUUGAUGCUCAUUAUGUUGCUUCGUCAGGCAGUAGUUUCAUAGGUUUACUUUUUUCUUUUAGCAAUGUAGAUGGAAGGAUGCUUAAUGUAAGGAUCAGGACCAGCUGUUAGGAAGCUGCAGUACUUUGUUCACUCCUUGUUGACAGUUCUCAACUUCCCAUGUAAACUUCCAUUAAAACUAGUAAUACCCUUCUGGUGAAAACAUGUACAUGUCCAAGCUAAUGAUGACUGGCAUACUUGUUUCCUACACUCGGUCAGGGAAAACUAGUAGACACAUUAAGAUGUUGCUAUCAUGUCUUUUUGCUGUAUACCUCUACAAUAAUGUGUGGAUAAAUAUAUGUUGUCAGCUCAAGGCUAGCAUUUUCCUAAUGGUAGCCAAUAUUUGUUUUUCACAGAAUAAAUGCAUCUAGCUUUCCAAGCCAUUAUUGGAAUAUAAUCUAAUAAAGAUGAUAGGCAAAUUUACAAAGCAUGAGCAUUAAGUAACAGAGAAUCUGUAGAUUAAGAUAAAAGAAAUAGGAAAUUUAAAUGGGUUAUGUUUGCAAACUUCUAUAGGGGCAAUGCAGGCCAUUUAGGUUCCGAAACCUCUUAGGUAAAUUCAUCAACCUGUAAGUUCUGCCAGUUAAUUUAGAUGAAAAUGGUAGGUUAUAGACCUGAUAAUGAUAGGCCUUUAACAUUUAUGCUAUCUGUGGAUAGAGUCUAAUUGUUUGAUACUGAUACUGGAUCAACAUUUUACCUUUCCAAUUAGCAUGGCUGCUAAAUGAUAGCUCAAUGCAUUAUCUGCUAGGUCAAGUUUAUCCAGGUCUACAGUUCCAUAAUCUUCAUCCAGAUUCAAUUGCAAUUAGUGACCAAAAUCACAGGUCUAGGGAGCUAAAUAAAAAAUACUAAAAGUUUCAAUCUGUCAUAAUGUUCAUCCAGAAAGAAAAUCUCUUUGGGACUGAGUUGGUUGUUAGACCUGUAUAUGGAAGCAUAAUAAAUGGUAAUUAUGGAUCUUUCUUACACCUAGGAGGGUUCUCAUAGCAUGCUACUGCGAACUAAUUUCAUACAAUAGCUGUCUUCUUCUCGUGCCUGAAACUCAGUGGCGGAGCCAGAAAAUUGGCCAAGGGGGUGUCUUUAUCAUAUCAUAAAAAAUCACCUAUACAAUAGAGAAGUCAACUUUAAAUUAAACCAAAAGUCAACAACGCAAUACUCUAAAUUCACACAAUUACAUCAAAAUAGUUUCACGUACAUCGGUUACAACGUCAAACAAAUAAGUUCAGUACAUACAAAUCAAGACUUCCAUUCAUCAAAUAUUACAAAUUAGAACUCAGAAGUACCUUGGAAUUGAUUUUGUGAAACAAACAAGUGAACUUCAAUUGGUACUUCUUCACUUUCAACUUUGUUUAAACAAAAGACAAGAAAUUUCUCUGUUGUAGAGCUACAAAAAAAAUGAGCGAGUUUAAACAAAAGACAACAAUUUAUUACUAUAAAUAAAGACGAAAAUGCAUUACAUAACAAAACUCACUCGAUCGAAAUGAUAAGAAAUUCUUUCUGCAACUGAAUGGUCAUUGGUUGGAAUUUGUAUGUACCCCUACUCGGAAAUUUUUUCUCCAAAGCCAAGGGGGUGCAAAGCACCCCCUCCUCUCCAAGUGGCUCCGCCACUGCUGAAACUGGAAAUAGAUAAGCGAGCAAGCAAUCUAUAUAUAGCUCUUCCCGAAUUGGCAUCUCUAGACAACUCCUUUUCCAAUGGACUUCACUCGUCAGCACCAGAUAACUUGGACACUACUGCUGCUGCAGAUGGUAUUUCUGCUCCACCAAGUAACAUUACCAGGAGAAACUGUGUCUAGAAGUUGAAAUUAAAAGCGUGCAAUUAGUCUUAUUAGAUCAUUUUCAUGGUUGUGGUGGAAAGGGUACAUGAUUAGAUAUGGGUGAUAAACUCUCUGAUGUUGACCUUGUGAUAAUACUCUGUUUAAAUUGACUCCUUGUUUCAUCUUCAAUUUCUUCCUUUCCCCCUACCCUUAGCUGUGCUGUUUUUCAAAUUGUUACAUAUUUCCUCAGAGAUGGGCCCUUGAUAGUAAGUCUGCACGUGAAAGCUUACAACUAAAUCAUCCAGGCAUACAAGUGGGCUUUUCUUUCUACUGUUUGUUGGAAAUGCCUUCCGGUUUGUCUGUAUAAUAAAUAAUAUUUAUUAUCUUCUCUAGGUUAGGGGUGAACCUCCAGAAGAUUUCCGUGCGCUGUUGAAGGAAUGGGAGAAUCUCUGCAAGCAAUAUGGUUACUAUCCUUGAAAAGAUACGUUCAAGAAGAUCAAUACCUUCGAAAGUUGGCUUCAAAAGUUGAAGAUUGAAAUGGCGAUAGAAUCAAUGAAGCUGACGUUGCAACUGGUGAAUUUGAAGUCCCAAAGAUAGUCGACAUGUGUUUUGGUGAUCAUAGUUCUUCUGGGAGCCAUGGAUUGAAACUUAAGGUACAUCGCGCAUACUGCCACUUCAUGUUUGUUGGGUAGAAGAUGGCAUGUUAUUGUGGAAGAAAAGUAGUCCUAAUGCUCUUCUGAUGAUUAAGAAUGAACUGGAUCAGGUCCGUUUGUCUUUUGGCCAUUGACCUGUUUAUCGCUUCUGGUGUUCUUUUGCCUGAUCUUCAUGUUAUGUCUAUCUAGAACAUCCUGUGUUGGUCAGCUGUGCAAAAACCAGGACAUGGUGUAGAUUAUGAUUUUCUCCUCAGAAACUGAGUGGACAUGCUUGCUGUAGAUACCAAGUACCAAAUAUAUGCUAUCCUGGUACAUUUUGUGAUAUAAAAAUUCGAAUGUUGUAACAUGGUACCAUUAUGUCGUGUGAAAUCCGUUACUUAUGUGGAUAAUCCUUAAGAAGUAAUUUGCAGUGGUUUCAUUGUUGCAUGUUACAAUAUUCUUAUUAAAGAUUGUGAAUCUUGUUAUACCCUUCAGUAUGAACUCCUGUCCAUAUUGCUUCUUCACAUGCAGUAGAUCUUAGAUUUCCUUCUUAAGAUGGAAUGACCGAGACUGGUACUUUCAAGACUGCAUUACGUACUCAACGAUAAUAUAAGAGUACUACAGAAGGGGAAAUUUGCCGGAAGCCAAAGUAAGAGCGUGAAGCCUGAUACGCUAGCUUACAAUUUUUGUUUACACACAGUUGUAUAUGUUGGGGAAGUGGGGAUGGCACUGGAAUCACGAGAUCACAUGAUGACGAAGGGACUGAGGCUGAAAUUAAGUACUCCUAGUGCACUGAAUCAUAGUAGCAUACAACUCUUCAUUUGACAUUGGCAGGGUAGUUCCUUUAACCUUAAAACACUCGAAAUGCUCUGAAUUGUGCUCGACUGUUUUCCCCUUGGUAAUAAUGAUGACGGAAGGCCUUUCCUCUGUCACUAACUGCUCUGAAACUUUUGCUUCUUCAUCAGCUAGUUACUGUUUCUGCCAUGUUGUGCGCCAAGGAACCGACAUCCUUGCAGAAAGACGGUCAGUCACUCUUCUCGUCGUGCUCAAUCUGCUGAGACAUUCCUAAGCACAUAAAGAUUGUGGCAACUGGUGAUGCGUUGCAGCUUACUUAAGCUGUCUGGACAACAGUUGAUGUUCAUUUGAUUUCCAGUACAAAAUGGUAAACAUAUUACGCGCUCUUGCAUCAUUCUGUCUUCCUGUGAUGCUAAAUAUUUUCCUCCUGUUGUUGUCAGAGUUGAAGUUACAAAUAUUUAUGUUCCUAAUAUUAGGUUUCUGGACAAUUAUAUUUUUGUAUUUUCGUUGAAGGACAAAUAUAUUUGUUGAACACUUGAGGUUUUCACACAAGUUCAAAUACCAUCAUCUCCUAAACUCAAUAGGUCACAAUAACUCAAAUUAUUCAAAAAUGUUCAACUAUAUAUCUCAUACUAUUUACAAAUGUAAAUGUAACAUCCAGAAUCUUUCCUCAACCAAUAUGUUAUUCGCUUUUUUUGUUGUUGUUGUUGUAGGAAACGGAGCGCUAAGGGGCACCCCAACCCUUAAUUAAUGACCAAACGUGGGGUUUGAACCCCGUUAGUGUCGUAGUACAACCAGUAACCCAAACACGGGUUAGGAAUGUCAAUCACAUGUAACCCAACAGGAAGCGAGUGACCCCGGGAAGCCAGAAAAUCAGCUACAAAAUUGCCCUCCCGAAAAACAUGUCCAAUAGUGACCUCCCACUCUAGGGUCAGGAACCGUCGAAUGGACUUCAAAAGCAUACGAUGCGGGUGGCUCGAGGGAUCCUCUUGUAUCAGCGAGACAGUCAUCACCGAGUCAGUCUGAACCGCGAGCUUCCGAAUCUCCAUGUCCCAGGCAAUAUGUUAUUCGCUUUAGAUGUAGACCUGCACGAUUUUGGUACUCUGGUGAUGCAUGUCAAGGUUACUCAUAUUUUUGCGUUCCUCCACAAUAAACAUGUUUAACUUCA